CUGGGUGUGGGGUGCGCCGCACCGGCGGGGAGGCCGCGUCGGAGCGAGCGGAGGGUCCGGUCGGACGUGGGCUGCGCGCCGAGCCGCGGCAGAGACUCCGGGACCCCGAGACCCGCCCUCCCGGGCCGGCCCCGCCCAGUUCCCCAGCGACGGCCGCUUCCUGGUCCCCGGCGCAACCAUGGCCGAAGAGCAACCUCAGGUCGAGCUGUUCGUGAAGGCUGGCAGUGAUGGGGCGAAGAUUGGGAACUGCCCCUUCUCCCAGAGACUCUUCAUGGUGCUCUGGCUCAAGGGAGUCACCUUCAACGUCACCACCGUGGACACCAAGAGACGGACAGAGACCGUACAGAAGCUCUGCCCUGGUGGACAGCUCCCGUUCCUGCUCUAUGGCACCGAAGUGCACACGGAUACCAACAAGAUCGAGGAAUUCCUGGAAGCCGUGCUGUGCCCUCCCAGGUACCCAAAGCUGGCUGCUAGGAACCCCGAGUCCAACACCUCAGGGCUGGACAUAUUUGCCAAGUUUUCUGCCUACAUCAAGAACUCAAACCCGGCCCUCAAUGACAAUCUAGAGAAGGGGCUCCUGAAAGCCCUGAAGGUGCUGGACAAUUACUUGAUGUCCCCCCUCCCGGAAGAGGUGGACGAAACCAGCGCUGAAGAUGAGGGCGUCUCCCAGAGAAAGUUUCUGGAUGGCAAUGAGCUCACCCUGGCUGACUGUAACCUGCUGCCCAAGCUCCACAUCGUCCAGGUGGUGUGUAAGAAGUACCGAGGCUUCACCAUCCCGGAGGCGUUCCGCGGCGUGCACCGGUACCUGAGCAACGCCUACGCUCGCGAAGAGUUCGCCUCCACCUGUCCAGACGACGAGGAGAUCGAGCUGGCCUACGAGCAGGUGGCCAGGGCCCUCAAAUGAGCGCCUCUCCAAGGGGCCCCCGCCCACCCUCUCCACGGAGGCGCCGGGGCUUCCGCGUUGCUACCUAAUGGACACACUCCAAAACAGCCGGUGGGCUGGACCUCCGGGGCUCUGUGCAGGGCUGCGGGGAGCCGUGGGGAAGGGACAGGGGACCAGGCGGAGGUUUUUAGGGUGGGGUGGGGUGGGUAGGACUGCGUUAUUUCAGUAAUAAAAUACAGAGUGAAAA